AUGGCAGGUGGUCUUGCUAAUGUCAUCUCCACUACCGGGUUUGUGACUGGAACCAUAGCAAUGCUUCGUCCAGGAGAAGUAAAAUCUUUCAACGGUUACAGCGCUAUGAAUGUUGAUUCGUUGCUUUGUGCCGUUUCGCAAGGAUACUGUGGAGCAAAUGUUCCUCUCUACUUACUGUAUUCCGAUGCAAUCCAUGAUUACUAUAUUGGCUUGCAACCAGCUACCUUCUCCACGUAUUCGGCGCAAUACUCGGGAAAACCACUUUGCUACGUGUGGGAGGACAGCAGUUCUACCACAACAGUGACAACAACAUUUACCUCUGCUGUACUUGGAAUUAGCACAACUACUUCUUCUAUACUUGAUAGUACGACCACCAGCUCCUCAAUAUUCGAUAAUAACACCACCAUCACUACGCCAUUCUUAAACAACGAUUCUACUACCUCUAAUUCUUCGACCUCAAUCACCAACACUUCAAGUGUAAGUUCGACGUCAACAUUGUAUAACUCCACCACAUCUUCACUGCCACCUGAAAACUAUACGACCACCACGCUUAUUGGGAAUUUCUCAACCACUACUACAACCGCCGAAUCUGGAGAAACAACAAAUCCAACUACUCUGAUAUUUAGUACCACCACUAUCACUAACGAACGAACAACAACUACUCCGAAAGGUGCCAAGAAAUCUUUCUUCAGCUUCUGGCCUUUGAUUCUUGCUGGCGUUGUUGGUCUUGGAGUAUUAGUAAUCACUGUGCUAGCUCUGUCCACCAUUAGCAUCGUCAGAUCCGGCAAACGAGCUAUCCGUCCCCAAAAGACGUCAUCCAGCCCGCCUCCACCAUAUCCUUACAAUCAAAAUCUCAACAGCGAACUACCUCCAGCACCAGUCAGUGCGAUGUCUGCUCCACAACCGUUUCUUGUGAACACCCCUAUGAACAUACCUUUAUACACCAUGCCAUGA